UUGGGACCCCACAAAAACAAAAACACACGGGCUGCGAGCUGGAGCGCUCAAGGGCACACGUUCAGAUCAACAGAAAUGGAUGACUUUGAGCAGGAAGGCAUAAAUGAGGAACUCAUUGAGUUUGCCAUUCGAGAGAGCAUUCAAGAUACCUACAAGCUGCCAUGUUCUUUCCAGACAAACAGGAAACAACCUAACAGUGAAAACUUCAUCCAGAUAAUGUCAGCCAUUCAUAAAGGUGAUGUGUAUGCACUGGAGGAGCUGUCAGCUUGUGUGUCUGCCUUCAGUGAGAGUGACAGCAGGGGCCGACUGCCUCUGCACGCAGCAGCUGUGCAGCCACAGCAGGCAAUCCUACAUGUGGUGCUGCAGGUAUCACUGAUGUCCGCAGACCUGACCCUGGAGGAGCAGACGGAGGAUGGGGACACAGCUCUGACUCUGGCAGCGGAGGCCGGCCUGGUGGAGAACGUUAAGAUGCUGCUGCAGUAUGGAGCUUCACCACACAACACCAACAGCAGGAACGAGUCUCCCCUGCUCAUUGCAGUGAGACAGAGUUCAUACGACAUGGUUUUAUCCCUCAUCAUGGGUGGGGCCUUUGUGGAGCAGGUGUGUCUCACUACGUGGACAGCCACCCAUGAAGCUGCAAAGGUGGGCUGUCCAGCCAUUCUGAUGCUGCUGCUUCGACACGGAGCCAAAGUGACUGCUCGAGACGGACACGGGGUGACGCCUCUGGGAAUCGCAGCUGAACAUGGCAACACUGAAGUUUUGGACAUACUCAUACAGCAUGGUGGGGAUGUGAAUGCCCAGGCCAGCAAUGGAGACACAGUCCUGUAUGAUGCAUCUGGAUCUGGAAACCUGGACUGUAUCAAGCUGCUCCUCAAGCAUGGAGCCAGUCCAAAUGUGGCCAGCUAUGCCAGCCAGCUGCCCAUCCACAGAGCUGCAUAUGAAGGACACAUACUAGCCCUGAGGACUCUCAUCCCCAUCACCACAAACAAAGCUAUCCGUCUCUCAGGCCAGAGCCCCGUCCACUCAGCAGCUGACGGGGGACAGGUUGAGUGUCUGGAGCUGCUUAUACAGAAAGGAUACGAUGUGAACGCCCUGCUGCAUACACACAUCUCUGAGAACUACGGGGACCUCAGGAAGACUCCUCUGUACUUUGCUGUUUCCAACGGUGAUGUGACCUGUGCUGAGAUCUUACUGGCAGCGGGAGCAAAAACUGACCUGGAUCCGCUACGAUGCAUCCUGGUCGCUAUACGAGCUGAGAGGUACGAGCUGGUGCAGCUGCUGCUGUCCUAUGGAGCAGAGGUGAACUGUUACUUCAGAGUGAUCAGUAACACGGUGUUCCCCACAGCGCUACAGUACUGCCUCAGGGACCAUGUCAUGAUGCGACUGCUGCUCAACAGUGGAUAUCAAGCUUACAAGUGUUUCAAGUGCUGCCAUGGUAACAGUGAAGAAAUGGAUAGUUCCUGGAUUGACCUCCAUAACCAAGUCUACCAAAUUUACACUCAGCCUAACGUUGUCUCAUUCUGUGAGUUUGUGUCAGUGUCGUGGCUGACAAGUUUGGCGGGCAGUGUGGUGAGGAUGCUCCUGGACUACGUGAGCCACGUUAACAUCUGUCCCAGCCUCAGACGCAUCCUGGAGAAGGAGCCAGAGUGGGACGAGAUUUCUGACAUACUGAGUAAGCCAAGGUCUCUGCAGCACUUGUGUCGACUGAUAAUCAGAGGUCACAUGAGCCUCAGGAUGCUGAAUGACGCUGAGGCCAUGGCUGCUGUUCCUUUUCCUCCAAGACUGAAGAACUACCUGACCUACAGAGAGUACGACCUGUAUGGUCACCUCUCCUCCACAUGAAGCACAUUUUAUUUGUACCUGUGUGACUAAAACACACUUAAAUAUUUGCCAUCUAUAUUUUUCAUUUGUUUUAUAUGUUAUGAAUCAGCUUUUCAUGCUUGUAGCAUGUGAUUGUGGCCUGCUUUGUAAACAUAAUUUUCCUCAUGUGUCACAGCUUGAAAUCCUAAUGAAAUACAUAUAGUUUAUCCCUGACCAGGUGCAGUAUAUUAUUGUUU